UGCAACCGAGGUGCUACUGGUGAGCAGUAGUCGCCAUCCAGACCGGUGGAUUGUCCCUGGAGGAGGCAUGGAGCCUGAGGAGGAGCCAAGCGUGGCAGCAGUCCGGGAAGUCUGCGAGGAGGCUGGAGUAAAAGGGACAUUGGGAAGAUUAGUUGGAAUUUUUGAGAACCAGGAGAGGAAGCACAGAACGUAUGUCUAUGUGCUCAUUGUCACGGAGGUGCUGGAAGACUGGGAGGACUCAGUUAACAUUGGAAGGAAGCGGGAGUGGUUUAAGGUAGAAGAGGCCAUCAAAGUGCUGCAGUACCACAAGCCUGUGCAGGCGUCAUAUUUUGAGACGUUGAGGCAAGGCUACUCCGCCAACAAUGGCACCCCGGUCAUGGCCAUCAGAUGACUGAAGACCUGGAAGAGGGUGGAAAUUGGAAACCAGACUGAGUGCAGACCUUCCCUCUCACCCUUGCUCUCCUCCCUCUCCUCACAGGCCUCCUCUCUCAAAUAAGGCAUGGCAGCAGAGAAAGGGCUCAGUGAUAAUGUUGCUGUUUGGUGUUAUGUGAUGGGCUUUUCUUCUCAGUUGGGCGCGGGGUGUAAUUUGUAAGUCCUUUUGUGCAUGAUCUGCCCCUCCCUGUUCACAUCCUACAUUCUCAGAGGCAAACAGCCACACUCUGCCUCGGAUUCUGAAGGGUUCCGUCUGUCGCAUCCUGGCCCUGGCCAGGCUCUCUUCUUCGAUUUUUAAAUUUUUUUAAAUUAAAAGAUACCAAUACGAGAUGAAAUUUUUCAAGAAUGUGCUCGUAAUGUGCUCUUCUGCCCAGUGGUUGGUCCCUUUCACUACAGGGUACAUUUAUCUACACAUUAUAUACUGGGCAUAUAAUAUGUAAAUAAGUGACUUUUAGAAGAGGAAUUUAACUGUUUAAAUGUUUCAAGGUUUUGUUUUGUUUUUUAAUUUGGGGCGUUCUGAAACAGAGCCUCACAAUUUAUGUUUUCUUUCAAUGUUAGUGACUAGACCAGUUCCCUGCCCCUCCUCUUCCCCAGUCACGACUGCAGUGAGCGGGGCCGGGGAGCGCAGCCACGUCACAGCGCCCGGAUGCAUGGCCUUUCUCCUCGUAGCUGUUCCGGGCCCAGGAGGAACCGGGAAGAAACCUCGUUCCUUUUUAGUACCAAGCCAGGAGCCAAUGGCCUCCGCUCAGAUCCAGGAAGCAGUGAUAGAAAUGGAAUUCCUCCCUGCGUGUUGACAAUAGGGAUUUGAACUGGGUUCUUGGGAUUACUUUCCAAAAACUGGAGCGUCGGGCCCUGUUCCUGUCCUGCUGGUUUGGAGUUUUUUCCGUAAUGCUGCUGCUCACCGACCACAGCCUCUCCUGUGCGUCCAUGCCAUAGAGCAUGCGGACUGGGUCUGGCCUAUGUGCUGAGCAGCCAGCCAUCAUCAGUAAGUGCAGCUGUGCAGCCCUUCCCCGCCCAGGUAACCAUGCUAAGUCCCGAAACGUACGCAGGAAGGCAAUCCAGGUUUUGCUUGUCUUUGUAAGGUCAUAGCACUUGCAAGUGCACCAUGAGCAUGCUCAGAAACACCGAAUGUCUCCCCUGCGGUGUAAAAGCCGCGAUGUGGCAGAGUGCGUAACACUUGCUGGACAGGUACACAGUGCAUUGGCUCCCUGCAAACUGUCCUGUUAGGUUUGAUACAGGUCUCCUGCUGCUUCAUCUGCAGUUGUGUUGUCUAGUUGGGAAGUCGGGGUCUGAAAUCUGGAGUCGGGUGGGGACGCACUGCUCAGCCCCUGGCUUGGGAAAGGAGCUUGUUGCUAUACCCUCAGUGGCAUCUCCUUUGUCAAAACACAGCCAAGAUGUGAAAUUAGAAUCGUAGUUCUCUUUAUUUAAAAAUUCUAAUAAAUACUCAAACUUUGAAAAGCUUUUGCUCUUCCCUCCCACUAGAAGAAUCUAAUGUAUCUGUUUGGCCUGUGUCGUGUAGUUUUCAGCAUUUGGGGGUGUCAGUUGGUGAAUUUAAAUUUUGCUAUCUCCUCAGUUCGCAUCUUCUCUCCGAGUCUUAAACACAGAACCGCCGGCAGUGUCCUUCGUACCGUCCCCUCUGGGAAAGGAGCUCUAUCCCCAAGGAAGGGUCCCAGCCGAUAGAGACAGCAGAUGGAUUGUCUAACGCCACUCACUGUUCACGUCCUCCUUGAAGACAGACACAGACACUGCUGCUUGCGGCCUGGCUUGGGGCGUUGGAGGUUCUGUUGAGAUACCUGCAGGGACAUGAAAUAAGUUCAGCCAAGCACUGCGUGGAAUCCCAGAAGCACGUUCUCCAAAUGCUCCUCCCUUUGGGAGGUGGAUGGAGGUGCUUUUGCAGAGCAGUCGGUGCCUGGGAAGGGAACCGCAGCAUAUAGUAACGGGUCCGUGGUCUGAGGAGUCUUCUGGGCGAGAACAGCACUGUCCUGCGAAGCCCAGCUCAGAUUGGUGGUGGUGUCUUUGGGUCAGGAAGGUGGGCUGUGCCAAGGAAUAUUGUUCAGUGACAUGAGUGGGUGCUGUGAACACAGUUAACGAGAGAGCGUGCGCUGUUUGCAUGACUGACAGCAGGAGGCUUUGUCCAGCGGUGUUGUCCGUGUGGCACCGGGGUUCUGAUGAGCAGGGACUAGUGUGUCCCCCCGGCACUGCGAACACUGUGGUUGCUGUGGCUGCACUCACAGUCCUUUUGUGAUAUCUCCCCAGAGAAAGUAAGGGAGAAACAAGAAACCACAAAAAGUGCCCUACUUGCAAAAUUCUUUAUUGACACCAGUUUGCCAUUAGUUCUGCUCGAUAGAAACAGGUGUGUGUGUCCAGGGCAGAGGCCACCUCUCUCACAGAGAGUCUGCAUGUUCUGGAUUCUGGCAUCACCUGAGCGUCCAACCGAGGCCACACCCUCAGGAUGGAGAAGGGUAGUAGUGGGUCUUUAAAUUCACAUUUGUGUUUAGUUUGUAGAUUGCAGCCAUUGGGGAAACACAAGUGAGGUCAUGCCAUCCUCAUGGACCAGGACAUGUGUGUGUGUGUGUGUGUGUGUGUGUGUGUGUGUGUGUGUGUGUCAGAGAGAGCACACGCGCGCGCGCUACUCUCAGGAGUCAGAUGUGUGAGAUUUUUUUUAAUGUUUUCAUUUUUUAGAGAGAGAAAGAGAGAAGCCUGGGUGUGAGAAGCAUGUGUUGGAUUGUUGGUGGCCUUCCCGAGCAGGGCAGCAAAUGAGACAGGAGUCGAGCUUUCUCACAGCAGACAUACAGGACGGACACAUUAAUGAAUUGACUUGUUUUUACAAGUGUCUGCUGCCCCGUGCCCUGCAUAGAGAGGGCUCCGUCACUGAGUCUGAGCUGAGCCAUGGGGAGGGAUCAAAGCGGUGGGUUGCUGCCCCCCUCGCAUGGCGUGCAGUGCCUGGGCCGCGGCUCCGGCCAUGGGGCGUGCUGUGGGCGUAGGGCACUUGGGCCUGACUCCCCAGCCUCUGGGGAGUGGGGUCACUGCCCUCUGAGAGUGUUUGCAGCGGUUUUGUAAACAUGUUGCUACAGAGUCAAGUUCCUUCAUGGCAAAAAAAAUACUUUCUGUUUUGCUGUUAGGAGUCAGCCCUGUGCGUUCUCUCAGACUUGUUUAGAAGAAAAAGUUCCAGGAAGGACCGUCCCCCUCACUCUCCUCCCCUUUCUCUUCUCCACAGACAGUGGUCGUGGAGGCCUGGGCCUCUGCCGGAGGACUGGCCGUCUUCUGUGGGGCUUGCGUGUGUGCGUGGCACGGGCCUUGCUUGCCUCUCUCCCAUUUCCAUCUGGUGCUAGAGUCGCUAGCACCGCGGUCGGCCUCCCCACCUGAUCUCUUUUUUUAAACAGCUUAGCCUGAGCCACAUUUUUUUUUAGUUUACAGAAAGGAUUUCAUAACAAUGUGAUUUUGCCACAACUGUAAUUUGUAAUAUCCUGAAGUGCUCUGUAAGCCUGUCGCAGUUGAGAGUAGGUUUAGAAUUAGAAGAGAUGCCUGCAGAAUCACCAGUGGGAUGCAGUUCUGCCUUAAGAGAAAUGAGGGUUAGCGACCAUUGACGAGAUAGCGUCAUCCUGGUCCCGACUGCAUUUCAGAAAAUAACCCACAUUUACCAGAAACAGUGGAGACAUCAGGACAGUUACGUCAGCAGUUCCAGAGCAAGGACAUCAUGUAAUAGCGGUGAACCGUGCAAACACUUCUCUAGUUCUUACUCUUGAAGAUGAGGAGGUCGGAACUGAGGUGGUGAGUUCACACUGCCUGGCCAGUCACUUCCUGUGGGUCCUGCUGGGUGGCACCUCUUUCCCGGCUGCAGAGGCUUCGGGCUGCGCCACUCCGUGUUGGCGGCUGAGGCCCUGCUCCAUCGGGCACCGCCUCGCUCGGAGCAGAGGGGACAGCAGCCCAGAGCCAGCCUCGCGGUCAGAGAGCUGUGCUCCGUGACACUUGAGAUGUCACUGAAACAGUGGGACAUUGAGAUUGUCAGGUAGAUUGUAAACGGAAGCACUGACUGCAGCCUGUAAAGAGGCCGCUGUCCGCGUCGGGUCAGCUGCGAUCACUGAGCCUUGGGACCCAGGGACUAGGCAGACUCCUCCACUCCUGCCCCCACGGGCAGCGGCGCUUUCCCACCACGUUCUCGCCUGAGCUGAUGCCCUUUCAAGGAUGGGAGAGGCCUAAACAGGACACCUGAGAAAAUGACACCUCUCACCUUCAGAUUAAUCACAUAAUCUGUCCUCCAUGUCCCCUUAAAAAUUAAUAAAUGGAGAAGCAAAAAUCCCAUUGGGAUUGGUUCGGACGGGCUCCUUGCGCUGAGGCGAGUGGUCACUGGUGUGGUGCAUCUGCAGUGUGAAGUUUUCUAAGUAAAAAGGCAUGUCUGCCUCUCCGAGGCUUCGCGAUCCAUCACAGUGGCGAUCAGCGAGCUUGAGCUUAUCUCAGAGAGAGAGACUGCGGGGCAGGGAGCUCGCAGGUACACUCAGAACCCAGCGUGCCCGGAGGGCCUGUGCUGGAGAGGAAAUGAGAUGGCCGUCUGUUCCUCCAGCAGUCGGUUGUUUAUUUGAUUGCUCUAGAUUGCUCUAGGUUUCCUUCGGUUUACAUUCCAUUCUUAACCCCAAAGGGGCCAUCAGAACACCAAAGGAGGCAUUUAAAACCCUGGAGGUGGCCUUUAAAAGAUACAGUAAAGCAGUGUUGUCGCUCCCCGGGUUCAUCAGCCUCGUGGCAGCCAGUCCAGAGUGGAGGUUUUGUUAAUCAUUGAGUUGAAGAGCUUUAAUACUGGUUCUGGAACAAUUACAUACUAAAUCGCUUGCCAUCUGUGGUCAUUAUCUGUGGGUGUACCUGUGAGCGAACAUCUUGACAGUCCAGUAAAACCACUCUUCUGGGCUUGAGGUCCCAUUUAGAUCAGAAUCUUAAGUCUUUGUAAUUCCUUAGGAAAAGGCAAGAUGCCUCCAUCCGAUCCGACACCGGCCUGAGGCCGCCUCCCCUCCGCUGUCGGGCAGGUGGGCGCAGCAGCUCACCUGCAGGAAGCGGUGUCCCAUGCUUUCCUGGAAACCCCACUUAACUAACGCUGAUGCGAGCCCGCCCGCUGAGCACUUUGUGCUGAACUGAAACGUUCCCUGACGCGGCUGCAGGCCCAGGCAGCCUCUUUUGUGUCCUGUUGAAAAAGGCCUUUCAGGCUCACUAGCACAUGACCUGAGAAGACAUCUAGUUCUGGUUACUUGAUUCCAGCAGCAUAACAGACGUGACUUACGCUGGGGAAGGUCGAGGCUCAUUGUAGAGACACUGGGAGCCAAGACGGGUCUGCUCCACAGAGAGCCUCCCGGGCAGAGGGGAAGUGAGGCUGUGGCGGCUUCCAGCGCUGGGGUGAGAGGAGGACUCCGAGGGCUUCUGCUCAGCAAGCAGGCAGCCCUGCUCCUCGGGAGAGCGGGAAGGAUCCCCAUGGACAUGGCAGGGGCUAGGCCACAGCGCUACCUGCCCGCCACCUUCCCACACGCUCAGAACCCGAGGGGCUCCCUCCAAAUUCAAAUUUGCUUCGGUGUCUUGUUUAGCCUGAGAACGUCACCCUUUCGCUUCCGCCCGUGGGUGGACAUGUGUGGACGCUGCUCAGGGCACAGCUGCAUGAGUGAGGCCAGGGCCAGGGGCCUAGUGUUGAGUUUAGCAGUUAGCCAAUUAGAGUAGUUAACUCUAUUGUACAAGAAAUACAGUAUGUGGUGCGGUGUUGUAAAUGUCAGGUCUGUAUUUAUUGUUUUGUGGUCUAGAAACUUUCAAACUGGUUUAUAAUCAAAAGGUUGGUGGUUAAAAUAAGUAAAAUGUCAGUCAGUACAUCCAAGUAAAGAAAGGUAGCUACCAGUGUGCCCCGUGUGUGAGGACGUUCAGAGCAUUGGAGGGUGUUGGGAGCUGUUAUAAAAGUAAAGCAAGUGUCUAGGGCCUACCCAAGUGUGUUCCUCCCAGAGAGCUUAGUCGCAUCUUCAUACUCGCUCUUGCCCGCCCAGCCUUUAUUUCAAGGACUUUGUCUUCCGUCCCGUCCAGUGAACGUGGUAGGGGCGGGCUCUGAGGAGUAGGCAAGCCCUCGCCCUGUUUGCUCAGCUGCAGGGUUUGGUCUCCAAACAGCAUAAGGUGUAUUUAAGGUGAUUCCUCACUAGGGUCACCUCCACUCCUUCAUCUGCCCUGGACCAUUCCAGCUCUAAAACAGACGAGGUUCGCAUGCUUCCAAACCCUGCGGCGAGUUCAUAAAGGUAUUUCCAGGGAACCCUUUGGAUUGAGGCCAAGUACCCAGGAUGUAUUGAGUUUAGUUUUUUCCAAAGGACAGAAGUCUUAGUCGCUUCCCCGUGGUGCUCAUCCAUGUAACAGGCUCAAAUGGCCAAGUCCAGUCAAGUCUCCAGAACUGAGAACCAGGGCCUGUGUACCCAGGGGCCAGCUCCUGGGAUUACCGGGCUCCUAGACUGUUCUGAUCCCACCAGAACUCUGCUGCUGUCCCUGUGCAUCGGGGUCACUCGGAGAAGCCCACGUUUCAGCCUUCCCACCAUCAGGUCGCUCAGACCGCUCUACCAAGUGGGCGUGUGUACCCGUUUAGGCAGCGUGCUCCGGGUUUGUACAAAGGGGAGAAAGUUGGAGAGAUUGGCAGAAAUACCCCCAGAUGAGCUCAGCAGAAUGGGAAUCCACGGAUCAGCGCUUGUACAGGAGGAGGUCCUCUAACCUCUUGGGACCUGGUGCUGCAUUGUGAGUCGUCAGGUCUGCACCCCAAUCCAGAUGCACUCACUCCAGGACUUACGUUCCACCCAUGGGUAUAUGGCCUCGUUUUCUGUUCCUUUUGUUUCCAAACAACCUUGCUUGGUGUUGCAUGAAAACAGGUUUUCCUCCCUGCCCACCUAGGCCGCCUGCCCAGGCCCGGCCUCUUCCCUGUGUCUUCACAGCACCCUGAGGAAGACUGUGCCCACAGCAGCCGUGGGGAGAGGGCUGCGGUCCACAGACACGAAGGGAGCGGAGCUUUCCUGUUUCCCUUUCUCAAGCAGGGUUGCUGGGGCGCCUUCACACCUCUCCUUACGGUGCGGUGCGGUUAGCUGUGGAGGAGGGGAAAGAAAGGGGAACAGGGACCAGCCCCAGGUUUGGGUCUGAGAGGUGCACAGCAGAGGUGAGUCCCACGCCCCCCUGUAACAGCAGGCCAGCCACAUGUAACCAUUCCCCUUCUUGCCUCAAGUGUCGGCUUACGUGGUGCCAGCAAGAGGGCACACAAACCCCUCCCCGCGGCCCAGAGCUUUGGUAGUGCCCCCGAAACUCCACCCCCACAUCCCACUUCUUUCUGUACAAAUGCUUAAACCUGUGAGCGCGCUAUUCCUCUCUAUGUUAAUCAGUUUUCUUCUCCAUUUGAGCUGUGGGGGAGGGAAGGGCAUUGGAAUCGUAGGUUGUAAUCUUGUGCCAACCAAUAAAAACCAGUAUUUCAUGCACAUCCA